AUGCCGUCACUCCUCAGCAUCCCGCUCGAACUCCGCGAGGCCAUCCUCGAGCUCGCACUGUGCACUCCGUCCUCUCCGCCCGCAAGAUCCGAGCUAGAGGCACGAAAACCAGAAACGGCGGAGCGCGAGCAUGAGAGCAUGGCGUGGAGCUUCGGGUAUACAAACACACUGUAUGAGGAUGACCGGGCGUAUUCGAUCACCGGCUUGCCUCUCCUUCUGGUGAACCGCCAGCUUUCGGCUGAGACCAAGUAUGUACUUGCUCGCAUGCGCAAGUCUCUUACCUACCAUCUCGACGUGGUGUUGAUGGACGAGCGCUACGUCUUGCCGACAUGGCUUUGUGUCCCGACUCUUUCCGACCAUGUCGAGAAUGUGGUCGCAACAAUUCGAGUUCUGGGGCUAUACAAAAGAAAGGAGUACCGUUAUCAUUCUUUUGCUGGCGGUGACGGAGGCCCACCUCAUAUUGUCUGGUGCUUCUACGCUUUGCUAGAGCGCUUCUUCAAAUACGGCCCCGUCAACGCUACAACCCCAAAGAAAGAGAGGAGAACUAUCGUUCAAAAUUUGGUGUUGAACUUCGUUGACACGGAUGAUACUAGAAAUGACCCUCACUUACGACAAAUCCUUUCUAAGGACCUGAUGUUCCACCACUGGUACGAGCCUCGGCGUCCAUUCUGCGACGGCGUUGAAAACCCCUGGUUGAGAGAUUGCUACCUGCGUCCAGAAUGGUUCGCCUAUUUCCUAGGGAUUGAGUUGAUGACCUUCCUCACGAUCCGGAGUGUAGUCAUGACAUAUGGGGAUUUCAUGUUUGAACAGGCUGCGAUGGUUGAACUCCAUAUAAAUGGCAAAUUCUACACCUGUAUUGAUAUCACCAAGAGAUUGGUCAAAUACGACGGGGAAGACUACUUGGACUGGAAAAUGCGGACCAUGGAAAAGCGCAAAAAGGCAGGACUUCCGCUCACUUACCGCCGUGAGUCUGAGAUGGGCAAUGACCCAGCUUUCCGACAGUGGUUUGGGUUCGUCAACGAUUGA